GGUGUCCCUGCCUACAGCAGGGAGGGUGGAACUAGAUGAUCUUAAAGGUCCCUUCCAACCCAAACCAUUCUAUGAUUCCAAGUACAGGAGAGGAAAAGUUCUUGAGCUACCCAGGUGGUUCCUCUGUGACCUCACUGCAGAAUGUGAGUGGUGAGCGCCAGAGCUCAGCAUGCGGUACUGGCUCUUGCUGCUUGCUCUGCUGCUGGGGGCCGUGCUCCCUCUGCCCCUGCGCCAAAGCUAUUUUGUCCCUGAGGACUUCUCUGCCCCCCUGGAGCUCCCACAGCAGCACUUUGGCUUGGUGGAUGAUUAUGGCAUUAAACCAAAACAGCCUCACUUCAGGAUCACGGCACCCCGGAAGCAGCUAGCAGGACUGCAGAGGGCUGGCAAAACCAAACGUGAUGAGCUUGACCUGGAGUACUACUAUGAUGUCCAGCUGUGAGGGACAGCGGGGCAUUCAGGCAGGCUCAGCCCACAGCGGGACGCUACCUUCUGCAUGGCCGCGCACAGUACAUCAUUGCCCUUGUGAUAGGGAACCUGCACCGAGCCGAGGAACUUCACCCGAAACUGGUCCACCCAGUCGUUGCUCUUGGCCAGAGCUAGAAGACAGAGCACAUGGCAAGGAUCACCUCUGUUGGCCAUCUCCGUGUCCCCAAACUUGCACCGUUCCCCACCCAGCAAUGGGUGCAAGCUCUGACCACUACUGGCUGGAGCUGCCCAUGGCCACGCCAUUCCUUGCCUCGUGUCCUCCUUCCACCCCCUGUACUGUGGUGAGGAGAUGGGCAGGAGAUCAGGGACGUAAGCAGUACAGAGGCUUGGUACCUGUUA